GAUUCUGGUUUUCGUGUCCUUCUGGUAUCUGGCAGUAGAGGAGUCUUGAUGUCAUCAUGGGGCCAAGUGAGCCAAAAGUGUUUCAUUCGAGUGCAUAGAUGAUUCAUCCUUUUGAGAAACAUAAACUGAAACAUGACAACGAUGUAGCAGCUGUAGAUGCUUACAUGCGCACCCAAGACAGUCCAACUGCAGUCAGCAUGGAAGUGCAGACGACCUCCCUGGUCUGGAUUUAUGCCAACAGCAUGCAACUGAACGCCUCCUACGAAUACAACACCACAGAUUUGAGUGAAAACUCAGACAACUAUCAGUCUUACUUCAUCGGCCUCUUCCUGUCCUGCCUGUACACCAUCCUCCUCUUCCCCAUUGGAUUUAUUGGUAACAUCCUAAUUCUGGUGGUGAAUCUGAACCACAGGGACAAGAUGACCAUCCCCGACCUUUACUUCAUAAACCUGGCUGUGGCAGAUCUCAUCCUUGUAGCAGAUUCUCUCAUUGAAGUCUUCAAUUUGAACGAGAAGUAUUACGACUACGCCGUCCUCUGCACGUUCAUGUCUCUCUUCCUGCAGGUCAACAUGUACAGCAGCAUCUUCUUCCUCAUGUGGAUGAGCUUCGACCGCUACGUGGCCUUGGCCGGCUCCAUGAGCAGCAGCCCACUGAGGACGAUGCAGUACGCAAAGCUGAGCUGUGGCCUAAUCUGGAUGGCGUCCAUCCUGGCUACACUCCUGCCCUUCACCAUUGUGCAGAUGCAGCACAGGGGCGAGGUUCACUUCUGCUUUGCCAACGUAUUUGAGAUCCAGUGGCUGGAGGUCACCAUCGGUUUUUUGCUACCCUUCUCCGUCAUUGGCCUGUGCUACUCCCUGAUUGUGCGCAUCCUCAUGAGGGCGCAGAAGCACCGUGGGCUGUGGCCACGGCGGCAGAAGGCCCUGCGCAUGAUCGUGGUGGCAGUUCUGGUGUUCUUCAUUUGCUGGUUGCCGGAGAACGUCUUCAUCAGCAUUCAGCUGCUGCAGGGCACAGCCGACCCAUCGCGGCGGACUGCUACCACGCUAUGGCAUGACUAUCCGCUCACGGGUCACAUUGUUAACCUGGCGGCUUUCUCCAACAGCUGCCUCAACCCCAUUAUCUACAGCUUUCUAGGAGAAACAUUCAGGGACAAGCUGCGGCUCUUCAUUAAGCAGAAGGCCAGCUGGUCAGUAGUCAACCGCUUCUGCCACCACGGCCUCGAUUUACACAUCCCUGUCAGGAGUGAUGUGUCAGAGGUGUGAAGAGAUAGAGAGAAAAAAAAUGCAACAAAUCCAACUGCAACAUACACUUAC